AUGUCUUCAACUCAACUUCCAUGGCAUGCAAUGUAUCCUGUUCCAAGAAGUGUCGCGCCCUUUCUAUCUCGUCAGGAGCUAUUACAGUGGUUUCAGGCAGGUAAACAAACCGGAAAGGACUUUGUCCUCGUAGAUUUGCGGCGCACUGAUUUCGAGGGUGGCACAAUCCGAGGAUCGUUGAAUCUCCCUGCUCAGAGUCUAUACUUAGCUAUUCCAACAAUUUAUUAUCUUUUAGUAAACAGCAAAGUGGAACAUGUGAUUUGGUACUGCGGAUCGUCAAGAGGCCGUGGAACACGCGCGGCAUGCUGGUUUGCAGACUACCUCGAAGCACAGCAGGAGACAACACUGAAGAGCCUGGUACUUGAAGGGGGAAUUAAAGGCUGGGCCACGGCAGGGCCAGAAUACACAGAAUUUAUGGAUGAGUAUGACGCGUCAGCCUGGAUGAAGUAA